AACCGCGACAAUAGUCAAAUGAAUCAAACAAACUCUUCAUCAUCAGCCGCCAAAAGAGACUUAAGCCAAAGUAUGAACGAUGGAAAAUGAGGACACUGAGGCCAACAAGAAGAAAUUUUACCAUCCGUAUGAUCCUUAUGACAUCCAGAUCGACUUCAUGAAGGCUCUCAAUGAGACUCUCACCGGUGGCUACAAGAUUGGUAUAUUUGAAAGUCCAACAGGAACAGGGAAGACUUUAUCUCUUAUUUGUUCAACGAUGAGCUGGUUAAGAUCAAGAAGGACGGAAAGUGAAGAGGCCAAUGAUGAGGAUGAUGAUGAUGAACCGGCUUGGAUCAAAGAAUCUUACUCAAAUCUUUUAUCAAAGAAGAACAAUGAUGCAGCUCAAGCUUAUGAAGCCCAUUUAACUGAAAUUGCAAACAACAGCAAAAUACGACAAGUUCAAGUAUUGAAAGAAUCAAACAAAAAGUGUAAGAGGUUCAAAAAGAUAGAUGCUGAGGUACAAGAGGAGGAUAGCUUUCUACCAAAUGACUAUAAUUCUGAUGGUGAUGAUGAACUCAAUUCGCAAAGGGCUGAAAAUCUGAAGGAGAAAAAUGAUGCUUUGAAUUCUGAAAUUCAAAAACUAUUGAAAAACAUAGAUAGAAAGGAUAAGGAUGAAGCUGAAGGUUUAUCAAAAGAUGUGAAAAUCUUUUUUUCUUCACGUACACAUUCCCAAUUGAAUCAGUUUUCUUCUCAACUGAGAUUACCCAAUUUCCCUUCUCUAGUUGAUCAUCAGGAAGAACACUUGAAAUAUCUGCCUUUGGGUUCUAGAAAACAAUUGUGUAUUCAUGAAAAAGUGUCCCAAUUGAAGGAUGUCUCGCUUUUGAAUGAAGCUUGCUUAGAUAUGCAAAAACAAGAUUCAAAGAAAAAGUGUGAUUUUUACUUUACCCAAAAAGAUAUGGAAAAGCAAGAUCGAGCUAUUGAAUUUAGAGAUACUCUAUUUUCGAAAAUUCAUGACAUUGAGGAUUUGAACACAAUUGGAAAAGAUUUUGGUGUUUGUCCCUAUUAUUCUGUCAGAAAAGGAAUCCCAAUAGCAGAAGUUGUCACACUACCCUAUCAAUUGCUGUUACAAAAGUCAUCAAGAGAAGCAUUGAAGAUAUCAAUCAAAGAUUGCGUUGUUGUUAUCGAUGAAGCCCAUAAUCUCUUGGAUACUAUCAUAUCACUUCAUUCAGUCUCGGUUAGCAUCGAUGAUUUCACAGUUUGCAAACAGGCACUCAAGAAAUACUUGUCUAAAUUUUCAAGAAAACUAAAUGGAGGUAAUAGAAUCAACAUUAUGAAGCUAGUGAAGAUCAUAGAUAUCUUUUUGAAAUACGUUGAAUCAUGUGGGAAAAAAUCACCUGGUAAAGAAAUCAAUCUAUUGGAUGUUUUCCAAGGUACCACUGGUGAUUUACUCAACAUUAAGAAACUUGAGAAAUAUUUGACCGUUUCAAAGAUUGCAUUCAAGAUUGAAUCAUAUAUGGAGAAGGAAAAUCAGUCAUCAACACCAACACUUUUCAAAGUUGUGGAAUUUCUCAAAGCUGUUUCAAAUCCUUCCAGGGAAGGUAAAUUUUUCUUUGACUUGAAGAAUCAUGUUACAUCACUAAAUUACAUGCUAUUGGACCCAUCCGAAGUAUUUAAAGAGAUUGUUGAGGAUGCUAGAUGUGUUGUAUUAGCUGGUGGUACAAUGGAGCCAAUUGAUGAUUAUACAAAUUACUUGUUUCCAUAUAUUGAUGAAUCGAAAAUUAAGAAAUUCACUUGUGGCCACGUUAUCCCUAAAGAAAACCUUGAUGUUUUCGUUGUAGGGGGUAAAACCAGAGAAUUUGAUUUCUCAUUUGAUAAAAGAAAUGAUUCUGUGAUGAUUAAAGAUUUAGGAAGUGCUAUCCUUUCACUGAUAAAAACAAUUCCUGCUGGUGUGGUUAUUUUUUUCCCUAGUUACAAGUUUCUGAGUGAUAUAGUCAAUGUUUGGAAAAGCUGUUCUGUAUGGGAUGACUUGAACAACGUAAAACAAGUCUUUAGUGAGUCUUCAUCCAACAAUAUUCUUGUUGACUACAGUCUUGCUAUUUCACAAGGGAAAGGUGCUGUUUUACUUUCAGUGGUAGGGGGAAGGUUAUCGGAAGGGAUCAAUUUCUCUGAUGAUCUUGCAAGAGCCGUGAUGAUGGUUGGACUCCCUUUCCCAAACGUGUUUUCAGGUGAAUUAAUUUCGAGAAGGAAGUACAUUGAAGAACAAGUCUGGUCUAAAACUGGAAAUAGAAAUCUAGCACAGGAGGCAACAAAAGUGUUUUAUGAAAAUAUAUGUAUGAGAGCAGUCAAUCAAAGUGUUGGAAGAUCUAUAAGACAUAAAGGUGAUUAUUCUACCAUAUACUUCUUUGAUAAAAGAUACCAUACAUCAAGAAUCAAGCUUAAGUUGAGCAAUUGGAUCAAAGAAAGAAUAAAUGACUCGGUAUCGUUUGAUCAAGUGGUAUUGAAGACUGUGGACUUUUUCCAAAAUCGGAACUGAAAUUUACAAAGUGUUUAAACUUUACAAUUAGCUAUAGUAAAUAUUUAUUAAUGUAUGAGCGGC